GGCUAUUUUUGGCACGGCUCGCAGCUGAUUGCAAACGUUUUUGGCCCUCCCAGAAAUUUUCUGGCAGGCUGUUGUCCUUGAUGAAAGGCUUAUAUGAAACGGGGGGUGUUGACAAACGGAAGACUUGCUCUCAGUUAGCUUCUCUCUGGCCACAGAGCUCGCACUUCAGAUUUCUUUGCUGUACAAGAGGCACACGAGUCAAGGCGCUCACUUGUUGCCAAAGAGCGAGCUUACAAGGCAAUAAUAGGCCACUUUUAUGGUCUUCUCCGCCCCCUGGAACUCGCGACAGUGCCCGCGCGUUGAUCCUGUGUUCUCCACUCUCAGAUAUUGUUGAAGGACUUCUAUUCUGUUCCGUUAACUACCGUCGGUGGCUUUGCUAGCUAAUGUGAGGCGAUUUGAAGAGAAGAGGACGGUGGCGGUGGACUGUUGUAAUAGUUUUUGGCUUUCUCAGUUUUUUGUGAAGGUGACAUAGGACCUCAAAGAAGAGCUGCUGAGCGAGGGACAGUUUCGUUCGCACCCCGGCUGGUUCUGACCAAAAUAAAGAAAUAAUAAUAACAAAAAAAAAGGAUGGACACGAAUCCAAUUCCCGUGCUGACCGUCCAGACGACCCCUUACGAUGACCAGAGACCCGGCGCAAGCGGUCUGAGGAAGAAGACCGCGGUGUUCGAGAGCAGGAGAAACUACCUGCAAAACUACAUCCAGAGCGUGCUGUCCUCCAUCGACCUGCGAGACCGACAGGGCUGUACCAUGGUGGUGGGCAGCGACGGCAGGUACUUCAGUCGGACCGCUACCGAGGUCGUCGUCCAAAUGGCGGCUGCCAACGGGAUCGGCCGGCUGGUCAUCGGUCACAACGGCAUCCUGUCCACCCCGGCCGUGUCCUGCAUCAUCCGGAAGAUCAAGGCCAUCGGCGGGAUCGUCCUCACGGCCAGCCACAACCCGGGAGGUCCCGGCGGCGACUUCGGGAUCAAAUUCAACGUGGCCAACGGAGGCCCGUCUCCGGACACGGUGAUGGACCGGAUUCACCAGGUCAGCCGGACGCUGGAGGAGUUUGCCAUCUGCCCGGACCUCCGCAUCGACCUCUCCCGGCUCGGCCGCCAGGAGUUCGACCUGGAGAACAAGUUCAAACCCUUCAGAGUGGAGAUAGUGGACUCUGUGGAGGUGUACCUGAACCUGCUGCGUGGGAUCUUCGACUUCGGAGCCAUCAAGGGGCUGCUGACCGGCCCGGAUCAGCUGAAGAUCCGGAUAGAUGCCAUGCAUGGGGUGAUGGGGCCCUACGUCAGGAGGAUCCUGUGCGACGAGCUCGGGGCCCCCGCCAACUCUGCCGUCAACUGCGUCCCCCUGGAGGACUUUGGGGGCCAGCACCCCAACCCCACCCUCACCCACGCCACCGGUCUGGUGGAGUCCAUGAAGGGCGGAGACUUUGGCCUGGGCGCCGCUUUUGACGCCGAUGGGGACCGAUACAUGAUCCUCGGUCAGAAUGGAUUUUUCGUGAACCCGUCGGACUCCUUGGCGGUACUAGCCGCCAACCUCUCCUGCAUCCCGUACUUCAGGCAGAUGGGGAUACGCGGCUUCGCCAGGAGCAUGCCCACCAGCACCGCCCUCGACAGGGUGGCCAAGUCCCUGAAGGUGGCGCUGUACGAGACACCUGCCGGCUGGAGGUUCUUUGGGAACCUGAUGGAUUCUGGGAGAUGUUCACUGUGUGGCGAGGAGAGCUUCGGAACAAGUUCGGACCACGUGCGUGAGAAGGACGGGCUCUGGUCUCUGUUGGCCUGGCUGUCUGUCCUGGCGGCUCGGAAGCAGGGUGUGGAGGAGAUCGUCCGGGAGCACUGGGCCAAGCUGGGCCGCAACUACUUCUGCCGGUUUGAUUAUGAAGGCAUUGACCCCAGAGCUGCGUAUUACCUGAUGCGGGACCUGGAGGCCGUGAUCCUGGACAAGGCCUUCGUCACCCAGAAGUUCGCCGUGGGCAACAACGUGUACAGCGUGGAGAAGGCCGACAACUUCGAGUACAUCGACCCCGUGGACGGCUCCGUGACUCGCAAUCAGGGUCUGAGGAUCAUUUUCACGGACGCCUCGCGGCUCAUCUUCAGACUGAGCGGGACCAGCGGGGGGGCGGGGGCCACCAUCCGAAUCUACGCAGAGAGCUACGAGAGAGACCCCGAGAGACAGAACCGGGAGACACAGGUGGUCCUGGGCCCCCUCAUCGCCAUCGCGCUGAAGAUCUCCGAUAUCCACGAGCGGACAGGCCGCCGCGGCCCCAACAUCAUCACCUGAGCUGGGCCAGUACCUCACACCCGGGGCCAAAUAACAGACAUUUCCCUCAAGAACCCAGUCUAAAUGUGCACCUGCACCUGUCUGUCCACCUUCACCUGCACCAGUCUCUACACCUGCAUCUACACCAGUCUCUACACCUGUAUCUACAGCAGUCUCUCCGCCUGCAUCUACACCAGUCUCUCCACCUGCAUCUACACCAGUCUCUACACCUGUAUCUGCACCUGUCUCUCCACCUGCAUCUACACCAGUCUCUACACCUGUAUCUACACCAGUCUCUCCACCUACACCUACACCAGUCUCUCCACCUACACCUAGACCAGCCUCUCUACCUGCAUCUACACCAGUCUGUCCUCCUGCAUCUACACCAGCCUCUCCACCUGCACCUACACCAGUUUCUCUAUCUGCAUCUACACCAGUCACUACUCUUGCCUUCUCUGUCUUCAUCUGUACUAUUCUCCACCUGUGUCUACGCCUGGCCCUAUACUGGCAUUGUCCAUAAACCCCUCCUCUCAUAUUUACACCUGCCUAUACACCUGUAUUCUCCACCUUUCUCCCCGUCACUCCACACACCUCUGCUCCUGCUCCUCUGCACCACAUUAAACCACUGGUGGCUGACAUUUUGUGAUGCUCCCAUGACACCAUCGCAACUUUACUUCCUCACUGUCACCGCGUUAUGCAUUAGGUCUUCCUCUGUGCUGUUUCACUCUGUGACCAGCAGGGGGCGACAGAGUGUCACAGAGUGAAAUAUUCAUAAAUAUUAUCCAACAUGUUGGCAAGGCAUUAAGCAAUAUUUUUGGAAACAUGUUUGCGUGCGUGUAAUGAUGAGCAUAAAACUGUUGCUAUGCGUGACAGCAAACCUGUGGCCAGAUGACGUGCUUUAUUGACAUAUCUCCCCCUUGUGCUGACUUUACCCUGGUUUAUCACAGUAAAGUCAGGGUGAAAAGGGAGUUUUUACAGUCGACUGCGUCAUAGGCCAGAGCGUUCACUCAGCACUGUAAAAGUAACUGAAAGGCGUUAGGAAGAGGCCUUAUUAAAAAUGUUCUAUAAUGUUAAAAACAAAUGUACAAAAUUAAGCACGAAAACUCAUAGCACUCUGUUAGGGUAUAAUGUUUAUAAAAUAUACUUCUUGUGCGUGUGUGUGUGUGUGUGUGCGUGUGCGUGUGUGUGUGUAUGUGUGUGUGUGCGCGUGCGCGUGCACGUGCGUGUGCAUGUGUAUUUGUGUGAGUGCAUGUGUGUGAAUGUGAGUGAGACAGAGAGAGAGUGAAAAAGGGAUGUUUAGCUAUAAACAACGUUUCAGCACUUCCUGUUGUGCUCUUAUCAGUAGCGUCUGCUGUUGAGAGAGCAUAGACACCGUUUAUGAUCACAUAAAAAGCAUGCUUAUGCACUGAGAUUUGUUUAUAGCCACAAAAAUAUUACAGUCCUAUUCAGUCCUUUAAGAGAGUAUGACCUGCACUUAUAGUAGUCCACACUGAUAAGAAAUUCUCACUUUACCUGUGAUUUCCAUAUAUGAACAUAUACUGACUUCUUGUGUAAGACCCUGUCCCCUGACACUGUUGAAACAUAGUCAUUGGCUGUCAUAAAACACUGUGCUGUCCUUUC